GUUACCUGCAGCCGCCGGCUUCGUGCCGGCGGUGCGAUCGAGUAUCGAUAGUGUUAAAGAUGUGGCUUCUGCCGGGGUUAUUUCUGUGCCGAGUUGGCUAAAGACUUGAACUUGAUCCCGAGGGAGGGGCUGGCCGCGAAGCGAUACUGUUUAAUAUUACAAAAAAAACCAAGUAGGUUUGGCAACCCCGAGCCCCUGUGUGUGUGUGUCUGCGCGGAAUAUGUAGAAAGUACUGGUUAGUGCGGACUGCACCUUCGACUGACACCAUGGCGGGCCGGCUCCUGCCUCAGUUCUGAUCGCGGCAGGACGGAGAGUUACCCCGGAGUCCUCCACUCCCUCGGACACCAUGGAGAAGCCUCUCUGCAACUACGACAAGGAGUACGAGCUGGACAACCACCACGAGUGUUGUGAGAGGGUAGUCAUUAAUGUGUCGGGCUUGCGCUUUGAGACCCAAAUCAAGACACUGCGCCAGUUCCCCGACACCCUGCUGGGCGACCCCCAGAGGAGAAUCCGCUACUUCGACCCGCUCAGGAACGAGUAUUUCUUCGACAGGAAUCGCCCGAGUUUCGACGCCAUCCUCUACUAUUACCAGUCCGGGGGAAGGUUGAAAAGGCCCAGCAGCGUGUCGCUGGAGGUCUUCAUGGAAGAGCUAAGGUUCUACGAUCUGGGAGAUGAGGCGGUCACCAGGUUUCGUGAGGAUGAAGGCUUCAUCAAGGAGGAGGAACGGCCGAUGCCCAGCAACGAGUUUCAGAGGCAGCUGUGGCUGCUCUUCGAGUACCCCGAGAGCUCCUCCCCGGCCAAAGUGGUGGCGAUCAUCUCCGUGCUGGUGAUUCUCAUCUCCAUUGUGGUCUUCUGCUUAGAGACCUUACCUGAAUUCAGGGAUGAGCAGGAUCCUACUUUGCCUGUGCACUCCCUGCGGGGGAACAGCUCCCACUCAGAGUUUCUGAAUAGCCCCUUCCAGGACCCCUUCUUCGUGGUGGAGACCAUGUGCAUCUGUUGGUUCUCCUUUGAGCUCUUCCUGAGGUUCAUUGUCUGCCCCAGCAAGCCCAGCUUCUUCAAGAACAUCAUGAACGUCAUCGACUUUGUGGCCAUCAUUCCCUACUUUGUGGCCCUGGGCACUGAAUUUGCCAGGCAGCGAGGGGUGGCACAACCCGCCAUGUCCCUCGCCAUCCUCAGGGUUAUUCGUCUGGUCAGGGUCUUCAGAAUCUUUAAGCUCUCCAGGCACUCCAAGGGUUUGCAGAUCCUGGGGCAAACUCUGAAAGCAAGUAUGAGGGAAUUGGGCCUUUUGAUUUUCUUCCUCUUCAUUGGGGUAAUUCUGUUCUCCAGCGCUGUCUACUUUGCUGAGUCCGAGGAUGAGGAUACAAACUUCACAAGUAUCCCUGAAGCUUUCUGGUGGGCUGUUGUCACAAUGACCACGGUGGGAUACGGUGACAUGUCUCCCAUGACUCUUGGAGGUAAGAUUGUGGGAUCCCUCUGUGCCAUUGCUGGUGUGCUCACCAUCUCGUUACCCGUCCCUGUGAUUGUCUCCAAUUUCAGCUACUUUUACCACAGGGAGAUUGAAAGUGAGGAUCAGACCCAAUACUCACAUGUGACGACCUGCCCUUACCUGCCUUCGAGCUCAAAAGCCCAGUCGUUGACUGGAAAAAGUACAGAGCUGGAAGAAGACCUUAUGGACAACUUCUGCAGACCCCUACAAAAUGACAUGUUGGAUGGUUUCUGCCCUACUGACAGUGGACACCAUGAAUCCACCAGCUCACCGAACAGCAAGUCCUUGGUCACUCAAGUCUGACUUGGUUUAAAGUCGCUUACCAGGAGACAAGUGCAUCUAACUUAAACUAUACUUAACUUGGAGUUGUUCAUUUACCUCCAGCACUGCACUGGGAUUGGGGGAGGGUGGAGAUGGUGGGUG